AUGCACUUCCAAAACCGGCCCCAGUGUAAAAUUUCGACCAUGUUUCGACUCUCUGCCUACCUGUGCUUGUUCCAAUCGACCGCCGUCUGGACGCUCGUCACCGGCGCAGCCCCCGAGUCGCCUGGUGUGUUCAGGUACAAGACGACGGCCCCUUCCUCGAGAAGCCAACAUCAGACCAAAGAUGGAUUGCUCAAUGUCCAGUAGGUCUUGCAGCGUGGCAAGUGGUCCAUCCCCACCAUUGCCGAGUUCUAUGGACUCUGCGCGCGAGCCUCCGCCGCGUCAACACCGCGCUGGACACUCCUGACUAACUGCCGGUGACGCGCGAGGGGAGCGGUGAAGGCGGUGGUCUAUCAAGAAUUCCACUUGUGCUCGCACUGAGGUCAAGAUGCACGGUUCCAUUCCAGACACUUUGUCGAGCACAAAAGCUCGGUCGAGGAAAAGUAUCGCAACAAUCAGCUGAAAAGCCUCACCUCGCCCAAUGACGUGAAUCUCCCAUCACGCAAGUCUCACGCCCGAAGGGAUCUCGAUACCAUCGAUGUUGAGUAAGUUCCCUUCGUUCACCACGACCGCUGUCUGACCUCCCGCUGCGGGUACUGUCUCCGAUGAGCGGUGGCUUUCCUUCGGCCGACUCGUUGCCACGAGACGCAGUGCAAAUCAUCCGAGGCGGAGGCCAGCCGAAGCACGUGCUAAUUCAGCCGCACUCCCUCCAGCGGCUUUCACAACCACAAGCAACAGAUCGAAAGCAAAUACCGCAUCAACCAACAGCUGGCCGCCGCCAAUCAAGUCACUUCUACGACCGAUUUUGUGUUCAGGAAGGCAAACGCUCUGACGCGACGCAGCUCGAAAAAUCUCGCCCGGUCUCUGCAUAAGUUCGAUGGAAUCACUGGCCAAUCUACGGCGCUGAACAAACGCGGAGGUGCAAGCUCCGCGACCACCCCUCUUGCAGGAUUCAGUGAGUUCCCUUUCUUCCGUGUGCCCGGCCAUGGCUGUUGGGCUGAAGCCAUCUUCGCAUGUGAAUGUGUGCUAUUGCUAUGCUGGUACUGACGUUAUGAGGUAUCCAGAGCAAGAAAGUGGAAAUUUUGUCGAUUUCAACGUCUCGAUCGGAAGUCUACGCGAGCCUUUCUCCGUCGUCUUCGAUACGGGGUCUGCAGAGUGAGCCUCCGCUACUUUCUCCUUUCCAGGAGGGUGAUUCUCGACGAGUGCACUUCUGAGCUUUUCUAUUCCCGACCCUUCCCAGGCUAUGGGUGCCGAGCUCUUCGUGCAAAACGAAGCACAACCGUUUCAGUAGCAAAUCUGACACGUUAUACCUCUCGGGCAAGUCGUGGUCGAUCAAUUAUCGUAAGCCAGCCAAGUAUUGCAGAAUGCAAGAAUGCGAAGCCUGAGGCUCAUGUCUUGGAAGGAAGCUAAUUGAAAGAAGCCAAUGCCUGACAGGGAGUGGCUCCACAGUCGGCACUAUCGUUAGGGAUUCCGUGCAAGUUGGGGAUUUGACCAUACCGCAACAACUCUUUGCCCUCGCCGAUCAGAUCUCGCCCAGCAUCAGCGAGCUGCCGACCGACGGGGUGAUGGGAUUCGCGUUCUCUUCGAUAGCAACCGGGCAGAUGACCACCUUCUUUGAAAAUCUGGUCAAUACCAAAGCAAUCAGUCAACCUUUGAUCGCCUUCAGCCUCGACUACACUACGGCGACAGGUGAACUCGUCAUCGGAGGAACUGACAGUUCCAAGUUCCAAGCCGCCAGCAUGCAGUACCACCCCGUGACGGCUCAAGGGUACUGGCAAAUCGCGUGCGAGGGAAUCGUUAUCGAUGACCAGGUGGUGCAGGGCACAAAGACGAACGCUGCUAUUGACACAGGUACCGCGUAAGUGGUAGACUUGAGCACCCGGGUUAUCCUGCGGCCCGGGCGAAAUCCAUAUUCUGACCUCUCGACUCCCGGCUCGGGUCUCACAGAUUGAUAUUGAUCCCUACCGACACGGCGACGGCUCUUUUUAAUGCGAUCCCAGGCUCCGUCCAAAACCCAACUCUUGGUUGGACCAUCCCCUGUCAAGCUACGAUCAAGACGAUCGGCCUUUCCUUCGGUGGAAAUACGUACAAGGUCCCCCUCAGCGAGCUCGUUCUUGGACGUGAGUGUCGAAAGGAUCGCCCUCGCGCGCUGCGGAGUCCACUGACAGGCGUCGGGUGACUUCAAACACCGUGACACAACAGGGGACCCCAAUGAUGCGAGCCAGUGCAAAAUAGCUAUCGCGAGCUCUUCAGCCAUCGAUCUCGACUCUAAACCCGUGGCGAUCAUUGGGAGUGCCUUCCUCCAUGUGAGUUGACCGCGACGGAUGGGCUACUUUGGAGCAUGACCGUAUCGAAGUGAAGUCCUGACGUUCGCGCUCCGCCACCGCCUGGACCCACGCGGGACCACACUUCCCCUUUUCCUAUAUUCAGACCGUGUACACCAUGCUCACGUACAAGGAUCCAAAGAGCGGCCAGCCGGCCGUGGGAUUCGCGCCGCUUUUGGGCGGCAGCGGCGGCGGCGCAGCUGGGGUAAGAUCUUCUAUCAAAACCCUCGAAUCAGGUGUAUCCAGCACAUACAACACAAUAUUGACAGCUUCUUCAAUUUCUAUUUUGCGCCUGAAAACCCUACGUCUCCGGAAAUGCCUACACCGCCUCGCACAAUGCCACACGUGUAGAUUGCUCCCCUCACGACGAAGGGUUCGGCUCCGUCGGCCCCUGUAGGCUCGUCGGGUCCCAACUCUACUACUAAUAGUACCGGUACCGGUGGAGGAGGAGCAUCCGUAGGAGGAUCGGGGUCAGCACCAGGAUCGGGGUCAGCACCAGGAUCGGGGUCAGCACAGGGAUCGGGAUCAGGGACUGGUGGAGGAUCAGGAUCAGGAUCGGGAGCUGGUGGAGGCUCAGGGGUAGGAUCAGGAAGUGGAGGAGGAGCUGGCGGCGCCCCUCCUGGCAACCAGAGUACCGCCCAGACGCCCCCGCCCUCGGUCAACUUGCAACCUGGCUCACCUGCCGUGUAAGCAGCAAGUUUCUGGCUAGACGAUCCUCCGUCAAAGUCCUGGCGUACCGCGUACCGAAAAACGAGCUCAUUCUAUCCCCAACCUUUGACACCGUAUAGUAACCAAACUGGAAACUAUUCGUCUUCGGACCAGGACUCGAACCCCGACGGUCCGGGGAACCUCACCACCAUCAAUCCUGUCCUGCCACAGCUGCCGACCGUGCCGCCUGUCAACAACAGCAGCACUUCGAACACACCCUUCAGCCCGGCCUCUGCGGCCAGUAUCACUACGUUUCCCCUCUCCUUCCUCUUGGCGCUUGUGUCGGCUGCCUUGGCUCUUCUCGCUUAG